GGUUCACGUCGAGCACGCGCGUUGCCGCCACAGCCCACUUCCUCCAUCACUGCACUCGUUGAUUCACUACUGCUGCUUGUUUCCGCCGUCUUGUUGUUCGUUCGUUCUUCUUCCACCCCUCCCCUCCCCCGCCGACGGAUCCCGGGCGGCUGCCGUCGUGUCUGACAGCGCCAGACAGCCCGCCGAACACCUGGCAUUGUGCGUGCAACCCCGCCGGCUCUGCAUCGAAACCGCGAAUACACUUCUGCAGCGCAUCCGCCCGCUGCUCUGCCGCUGCACGACACGACCACCGACCCGACCCUCCGACCCUCCCUCUCUCCUUCCCCCGGCGCCUUUUGUUUCUCCCUCCCAACUCAGGCGCGGUGCGAGAACUCGACAAUCUGGCCUCGCCGUCGUCGCCCGACGUGUGCGACGAGCAGCAGCGCGCCCGUCCGCUCGGAUACUUCCAUUGGUUCUGCUCCUGCAUCGCAACCUCGCCCAUCCAGCGCUUCCCGAGACACGCACCCGCGUAGGCCGCAGACAGUGCCAGACACUCGUUCCCGCAUACGCGCGCCCGCCUUUGCAACCUAUUCCUUUCCUUUACCAUCUUCCUAAUACCAUUGUAAUCAGCACAUGGAACGGCGACCCAUGGCCGAGAUUGUGAACCCGCCGGCAGGCACGGCGAAUGCCAAUGGGAACGCGGAUCCCUUCGCCCACACCUCUCCUGGAAAUGCAGGUCCAUUGCGAUAUGGCGCAUUCGACAGCGCCCACUUCUCCGCCCUGUCCACCAGCUCCCCCUCUUCCGCGAGACGCGCCCUCGAAGCUCACAUGCGGGACACGGACAGGCGAAUCAAGGAUGCUGCGCGGCUCGGCAUGACGCUCACCUCGCAGCGUGCAGAACUGGCUGCCAAGUUGAAGGAGGUUGAGCAGAUGCAGCAGGACUCCGACAUCCCUGCCGAGCUACAGGGCAGGCUGGCAGAGCUUGAACGCGAAUACAACGAGGUUGGUCGGGAGUCUGCCCGAGCUUUCCUCCCCAAGUCGAGAGUUGCGAGCGAGAGCGUGGACUGGACAAACUCUACUGUCAUGUCCGGCUCAGGACGAGACUCGCCAACAAAGAUGUCCGCUCCCUCGCGCAGACAGCGAAAUCAGCCCACUAAUCGAGUGCACGAUAUCGAGUUUGCUACCGAGAUUAGUACCUCCCUCCUCGCCCAAGUUCGGCAGUUACAGGCAGCCCUGGCGGAAAAAGAUGAGCAGCUCAAAGACACCACAUCCGCCAAAGCUCAGCUUGAAGCUGAGUCUGCUCAACUAUUGCAGCGACUGCGACACAUGGACGAGAGUGAGCAGAAGUACAAGGACGAGAACUGGAACCUCGAGACUCGCCUGCAGGACGUCGAGGCUACGCUGAGGGAGAGCUUGGAGAAAGAGCAGCGACUGUCUCAAUCACUCAAAUCCGCCCAGGCCGAUAAAGCUGCCAAAGAACGCGAGCUGGACGAGCUGCGAGUAUCACAUGAGAAGCUUUCCGAAGACCAGGCGAAUGCGCGCAAGACCACGGAUAAUGACUUCUACAACCUGCAGCGUGAUCAUAAAUCGCAGCUGACGGAGAACGAGAAGUUGCAGGCCAAGGUCCGAGAGUUGACCUCGCAAAAUACAGAACUCGCACGAGGUCUUGCAUUCCGAAUGGGGCAAGGGGUACCUCAAUCCGAUACGGACUUCAUGUCGGCUGAGGAGAACUUGCAGUCAGACGAUGCCAGUCCGGAUCACAGUGCGCCAGCGUCGCCCAUCAAAGGCACUCCGGCUCGUCAUGGCAUGCUGGAAACGGAGACUCUCAAGUCCAGCUUGAACCACGCCCAUCGCAUGAUCCAGAAUCUUAAGAACAACAUUCAUCGUGAAAAGACGGAAAAGAUCGAACUGAAGCGCAUGUUGCAAGACGCACGCGAUGAGCUGGAGCAGAGGCGAGACACUACAGGCAUCAUCGCGAAUGUAGCCAAGAAGCGCAAGAGUGAGAAUGAUUUCCGGUACAAGCGACCUUCAAGCAGCAGGCUUGGCGCCACCCGCGGCAGUACGACAGAGAUCAUCGAUGAGCCGGACUGGGAGGAUGAUGUGAUGGAGCACACUCCGAGCAGAGGCCGAGAUGGAAUCAUGUCCAGGGCUACUGUGGCAGGACUUGCAGCAGCCAACGCAUACAACCGUGCAUAUGGCAAGUCGGAUGGUGACACUACUGAUGCCGCGUUUGAGACCGCCAAUGAGACAGACACUGGCUUCGAGACCGCCACCGAGCGCGGUGCUACCACUGAAAGCGAGGCUUUCGCCACGGGCGUGGAAGAACUUGGUGAUGACACCGAAGGCGAUGCCACAGAGACCGAAGAGAGCUCAACCCGCGUUCUGCGUCCGAAGAUGUCGAACAAGCGCAUGUCAUACAUGUCCACUGCGUCUGACUCUGGAGACGAAGAUGGAGAUGACAUUGUAGGCACACCUGUACGAUCCACACAUCAACCAAAGUACAAGCUGCGUUUGAGCCGUGGUGGGCGACGAUCGAGCCGCGUCAGUGACAGCCAUCAAGAUUCGCCGCAGGCUCUCCUGGCCAGUCCGAGCUCGAGCGUUGGCACACCUCAGCCUGCUGGCAUGCAAUCUCUCGGUGAUGAGUUGGACGCUCUUGACGAUGACGACAGCAUAGAUGGAACGCCAAUUUCUGAGAGACAGCUCGACGGAAGCUUCAGCACAGAGACGCCGACAACAGAACGCCACGCCAGCGUCGAGCCUGGCACACCCAGCACGCCGACCACGUCGAUGAACGACCACGAGACGGUCGACCUCCUCUCGCCAUCUCAAGCGAGCGUUGGUGCCGCGCAAGCUUUGCCUAAGCCAGCGAUGGUUGAUGCAGGUAUCAUGACUGAGCCCUGGCAACCGGAACCUGUUGCGGAAAAGACAAGUCUCUUGCAACAUGCAGGUGAAGUGGCAGCCGGGGCUUUGGCAGGCUUUGGAUUGAGCAGGGCUGCUGGUCAGGGGACUGGCGAAGAUGUUUCGCGACCUACCACAGCGCACACGGCCAUUGACGAGAGCACGACCGUCGACACUGGCUCGCAGCCCGCACGAGAAAUUGAGACGUCGGCAGAGCCAGUGCGUACAAUGGUUACAAUUGGCACCGAUGCGCGUGGCGUGCCUGUUUCCAUCAGCACGGGAACUGAUGCUCGUAUCAUUCCAACGAGCAGCAUUGGUACCGAUGCUAGAGUGGCGAGCACAUCGCACACAGGCACAGACGCUCGGGUGCCGGUGCAAACCAUUAGCAUUGGCACUGAUGCUCGCGGCAACCCCGUCACCAUCAGCAUCGGCACCGCUACCGAUCCAGAGACCGAGAAUAACACGCUCCUUGUCGGGCAGCUACCACAUGCAUCGUCCUCGCUGGACCGAUCUCCCCUUCUCGCAGAGAACACGGAUCCAGAAAUGUGGCCACUGCCUCCCAAUCAAAAGCGCAUGUCAAUAUCAAGUAUUCCAAAGAGCGUGGUCCUCGACGAAGAGAGACCGCCAGUGCCAUCUAUGCCGCCACCGCCACCACCGGUUCAGUUGUCCUUCUCAGAAAUCGUGUCGCAGGAGUCGGAACCGGUCCUACCGGAGCUAGAAACACCCGACGUUCCUCGCAGAAGCUCCAGGAGAGCUGAUCUUCUCUUCGUUCCUGAUCAUUCAGACGAGCAGACAGUGCUCGGAGACCAGUCGCAGUUUGAUAACACACAAAAUGACGUUCUCGCUCAGUCUGCCGAUCCGUCUGUUCUUGACAGAUCAUUUGAGGAGCAAGUCACACCUUCCUCAAGGCAGCCUCUGGCAGAGAUGUCAGCUAAUGCACCGCCAUCACGACCACCACCGCCGCCGCCGUCAAGGCCACCACCGCCACCUAUGUUUGAUGAAGGCUCGCAGACGCUGCUCUCUGGAGCAGAGAUUGAGAGCAUGAUCAAGAACAAGAAAGCCAUCUCGAGGCCGGCUUCUUCGAGAUCGUCGAGGGGCAAUUCGACGUUCACAAACGCAGCCGCGGCGGCAUCACUUGCGCUAGCUGUCAACACGCCUUCCAAGCGUGAAGCUGAUCAGCGCCCAUCCAUAUAUGAGUCUCCAACGCUACAUCCAAAUGGCAGGAGACCCUCCAGUGCGGGCUCGAUGCGCAAGAGAGACGCGGCCAUCGCUGCUCCUCCACUCCCUGCAGACCACAAUCUCAAGAUUGCGGCUGCGCAAGUCACACCUGGCUCACCAGAGCAGCCACCGUCCCGCGGAAACAUGGGUCCACCAGGCAUGCCAGCUUCGGCAUACAAGCGCCCCAACACUCCAAGUGGCCGACCGCCUUUCGAGCGUGCGCUUCACUCGCGAGACUCGAACACUCCUCGACAAGCGCCACCAAAAGACAAGCGAGGUAUGGCGUCCACUAUCCCAGCAGAUCGCGUAUCACAUCGAACUUCUGUCUCGUCAUUUGCUUCUGAGCUUGACGAGCGUUUCAACAUUUCUCGUGGCAUGAUGUUGCCGCCAGAUGUCGCACCUGCGACUGACCCGCGCAUGAUCCAAGCCAUCACACAGACCAUGAUUGGAGAGUUCUUGUGGAAAUACACCCGCAAGACCGGCCGGAGCGAGACCUCAACGACUAGGCACAGGCGAUUUUUCUGGGUGCAUCCGUACACCAGAACGCUGUACUGGAGCGAGCAUGAUCCUAGCACUGCUGGUAAGAACAUGAUGAAGGCAAAGAGUGUCGCUAUUGAGGCCGUUCGAGUUAUCUCCGAUGACAACGCCUAUCCACCUGGCCUGCACAGAAAGUCGAUUGUCGUCAUUACUCCGGGUCGUGAGAUAGUAUUCACGGCACCCACGGGUCAGAGGCACGAGACUUGGUUCAAUGCGCUGUCAUAUCUCUUGUUGAGGACUGAGAGGGAAAACAAGGAAGCAGAAGACACCAUGAGCGAUGCUGAACUCAAUGAGUUCGAUCCUCAUGGUAGCGGUGUUUCCGGAACUGUUCGACGCAAUUUCAGCAGACUGACUGGCGGUACCGCCAAUGGUCGCAGCAUCAGUCGGCAAAGCCGACGAACCAGCCUCAGCAGCUACAACAGCCGAACCACGAGGAAUACCAGCCCUCAACGACAAGAUGCUACUGUGACUGGCAGGACAUCUGCGGCUUCGAACCAUCGCGGCAAAUUGGCUCCCGCAGCAGCCGGCACCCUCCGAGCGACGAGCUCCAACCCAUCGCGUCUUUCCUCCAGCAGCCAGCAAGGUGGUCGCUUCAGCUCCAUGGCCUCACGUUUCCGAUCGAGUAGCACUCAACGAACGACGUCUGCCCUGAGCAACCGCAAAGCCGAUCCCAGCGACCCCGCGACUAUAUACGAUGCGAGCGUUGUGGGAGACUCGGCUGAGGAUCUGAGAGCUGUUAUUGAGCGACAAGAGCGAGACGCAGAUCGGUUGGAGAAUGUGAGGGCUUGUUGCGAUGGCAAACACGAUGUUGGAAGCUUGAAGAACCGAAGCGGAGCUGGCAGGCACCGUUUCAGUGCUGGGCAUCAUCAUCACUCGCAUGCCCAUGGGACUGCUUCAAGCCGGACAUGAGCCAAAUUACUUUGGUCGCUGCACAGCAUUUGGCGUCUCGUAAUCGUAAACCAUUUGAUUUCCUUUGUCUUUUUGGAAUGAGUGGUGGAAGAAGAAAGAAGAAUUAAACGAAGAAGAAGAAAAAUUGUUCAGUCAAGCCAUCAGUCAGUCAUUGGAAGAUUCUCCCGCUCUCUAGAAAGCUUUUUGGUAUUGUGUUUUGUCUCGUUGCUGGAAAGGAAAGCACAGCGUCUUGCUCUCGCUCUUCAUACAGGAAAGGCGUUUCCAACCACUACUACAGCGACGGCGUUGCAUGAGAUGACGGCUGCGCUUUUGCUGAUUUGAUGGAGUGUUGCUUUCUUUUGAGAGAGAAGAUAAUAUCUAUAUUACAGUGUAUGGGAGAUGAUUGAGAAGUGUUGAGUUUCCUACACUUUUGUGAGAAAUGAAGUUGCUUCUGUUGGCAUUCACAGCUUUGGCGUACUGCUCGUGCUACCGUUGGUCGACUGGAAUCGAGUCUCGACAACAUUUUCGUUGCCUUGAUAAGCCUCCAUCACGACUUCACCGUUAGGGUUAUGGGCCCAUUCGUCGGGCUUGUCGACAAUGAAGUACUCCCAGUUACCAGCCCAGUGGUCUGGCACAUCGAUUUCCAGCCUCGGAAACCAGCGAUAUGGCGGCAGCGGCGGCGGAAGCGUGAUCAAGCGGCGAGCGGCGUGGACGGCGUGAGUUCUUGAUGUUCUCGUGUAUCGUCAACAGGCGACGCAGGCGGCGGAAGGGUGUGAGUUCUUGGCGUUCUCGUGGAGGUAGCAGUUCGAAAGGCCGGUACGUGCGAGUAGCAGUCAAUCUUGUGUAGGCGGCGGAGGCAGCGGCGGCGGUACAGCGUACGGCGGCAAAACGAGCACUAGGAGGCAUUCUCAGUCUCACAACAAGCGGUAGUGUGAUGGAACUGACAGGUCAUGUUUUGUUCGCACAAACGUGAUUUUCUCGUGUGACCAGCAGCCAGCGGCCAGCGCGGCAAGCAAUAAACAGAGAUUCAGC